UCAUCAUCUCUUCCUCUUCAUAUUCUCCCUCCCUUCCCUUUCAUCAUGCGUUUCUCUUUGGGCUCGGCCUUGAUUGGUCUCGUAGCCCUAUCGUCUGUCGUGUCUGCUGAACCCAUCCCAUCUAAGCCAAAAUCUCACAAACCAGCAAAGACCCCAAAAGACUUCUUCGUUGAUGGCAAACAUAUCCCAGGCGUUCCAUUCGCCGUUUCCGAUAGUUAUGCAGGUCUUCUACCAAUCUCUGCAAAGAAGAACGAAAGUCGUGAAUUCUUUUUCUGGUGGUAUCCAGCUGAAGGUGAUGUUGGUAAAGAUGAUUUGACAAUCUGGUUAAACGGUGGCCCGGGUUGCAGUUCGCUAGAAGGACUUUUACAAGAGAACGGUCCUUGGUUGCUUCCAUUCAAUUCGACAAAAGUGGUAAAGAACCCAUACAGUUGGACAAAAUUGUCAAACGUUUUAUGGAUCGAACAACCCGUCGGCGUAGGCUUGGGAAAAGGUACCCCUGACAUCACUAAUGAAAACGGAGUUGCAGAUCAGUUUUACGGAUUCUUGGUUGAAUUCUUCAAAACUUUCCCCGAACUCAAACACAAGAAACUCUACAUUACCGGUGAGAGUUACGCCGGCAAGUACAUCCCAUACAUCUCUGGUAAUCUUUUGAAGAAAUCUGCAGCAGAGAAGAAGGAGACAGGUAUCAAUUUCCAAGGUAUGGCAAUCAAUGACCCCUCUUUCGCCAGUGAUUUGGUCCUUGAACAAAUACCCGCCGUGGAAUUUGCGAUAGCUUAUCAGAAGGUCUUGGGCUUGAACGACUCAACCAUCACUAAUCUCAAACAGAUGGCACAACAAAAUGGACUCGAGAACUUCGUCUCUAAAAACCUUCUUUAUCCACCAAAAGGUCCAAUCAAACUUCCAUCUCAACUUUCACCCGAUUACGAUGCAUUUGACUAUUUAAUCAAUGCAGCAACAGACGCAAAUCCAUGCUUCAACAUUUAUCAAAUCGAAUACAAAUGCCCCGGUGUAACUGAUCCUCUUGGAUAUCCACCACAAGACUCAAACCCUUCAGCGACCAACUUUAUCAACAAUAUCACAGGAUUCAAAUCAUACGUCCAUGCUGAUCCCAAACAAACUUGGCUGGAAUGUGUGAAUGAUGUCUUUGUAGGUGGAACUGAUACAAGUCCUGCUCCUGCUGAUACGAGUUUGCUUAGAAAUGUGAUCGAACAAAGUCCAUCAAAACGUACUUUGAUUCAACAUGGUGAAUUGGAUGCAGUUUUGAUCGCAAAUGGAAGUGCAUUAGCCAUUCAAAAUACAACUUGGAACGGUAAACAAGGAUUACAACAUCCAUUAACAAAAUUGAUCGUGAAUGGAAAACAAGCUGGCCAUAUUCAAUCCGAACGUGGUUUGACGUUUGCAAGAAUUGAUCAUUCUGGACACAUGGUCCCUCAAGAUCAACCAAAGACUGCAUUCAAAUUGCAAAAAUACGUUUUAGGACAAAUUUCAUACAAGGAUUUGCUUCACUAAGCACAAAACCAUGACUGGAUUCGCAUUCGUACUUCAUCUCCCUUCGAAAGGACAAUUUUUAAUAUCAUUCUUUACUUCCUCCUCUAUCAUGUAGCACAUGCAACGGAUAAGUCUGUCCUUUGCAUCGCAUUUGAAAAAAGUAGCAACAUCAUCAUGGACAAGAAAUGACAAUCAUAAUCACUGUGAAC